AUGGCGGCGCUCGGCCCCCUUGGCGGCGGCGGCGGCGGCGCGCAGCUCUCCGCCAGUAACCCUAUGUAUGAGACAUAUUACAAGCAGGUGGAUCCAGCUUGCACUGGUAGAGUUGGAUCCAGUGAUGCUGCUCUGUUUCUCAAAAAGUCUGGUCUUGCCGAUGCUAUCCUCGGGAAAAUAUGGGAUUUAGCAGAUCCAGAGGGCAAAGGAUUUCUGGAUAAACAGGGAUUCUUCAUUGCGCUGCGGCUGGUUGCCUGUGCCCAGAGUGGCCACGAUGUCAUUCUCAGCAACUUACAUUUGACGUUACCUCCUCCAAAAUUUCACGACAAUACAAGCCCCCUGCUGCUGGCUUCCACAGAUGCUCACUGGGCUGUCAGAGUGGAAGAGAGGGCCAAGUUCGAUGGCAUUUUUGAAAGCCUUUUACCAGUCAAUGGUUUACUUUCGGGAGACAAAGUGAAGCCAGUAUUGAUGAACUCCAAACUACCUCUUGAUGUCUUGGGAAGGGUGUGGGAUCUCAGUGAUAUUGAUAAAGAUGGGCACCUUGACAGAGAUGAGUUUGCCGUGGCGAUGCACCUGGUCUACCGUGCCCUUGAGAAGGAACCCGUCCCUUCUGUGUUGCCCCCAUCUCUUGUUCCACCUUCCAAGCGGAAGAAAGUGCCAAUCUUUCCUGGGGCAGUGCCAGUUCUUCCAGCCAGUCCUCCCCCCAAAGACAGUUUGCGGUCCACUCCGUCACACGGCAGCGUCAACAGCCUCAACAGCACAGGAAGUUUAUCCCCCAAACACAGCCUGAAGCAAACACAGCCAUCUGCAAACUGGGUGGUGCCCUUGACUGACAAGAUUCGCUAUGAUGAAAUAUUUCUGAAGACAGAUUUGGACCUGGAUGGCUUUGUGAGCGGCCAGGAAGUGAAGGAUAUUUUCAUGCACUCGGGGCUUUCCCAGAACCUCCUAGCACAUAUAUGGGCAUUGGCUGAUACAAGGCAAAUGGGAAAGCUCAACAAAGAUCAGUUUGCACUCGCCAUGUACCUCAUUCAGCAGAAGGUCAGCAAAGGCAUUGACCCACCACAGGUGCUGCUCCCAGAUAUGAUCCCUCCUUCCGAAAGGACCACUCCUGUCCAGGACAGUUCCAGUUCUGUUGGAUCAGGGGAAUUCACUGGCGUGAAAGAACUGGAUGAUAUCAGCCAAGAGAUUGCACAGCUACAAAGAGAGAAAUAUUCUCUGGAACAAGACAUCCGAGAAAGAGAAGGAGCUAUCCGGCAGAAAACCAAUGAAGUUCAGGAACUGCAAAACGAUUUAGACCGGGAAACCGGUAGCUUGCAAGAACUGGAGGCUCAAAAGCAAGAUGCUCAAGAUCGCUUGGAUGAGAUGGAUCAACAAAAGGCAAAGCUGAAAGAUAUGUUAAAUGAUGUAAGGCAAAAGUGCCAGGAGGAGUCACAAGUGAUCACAUCAUUAAAAAUGCAGAUUCAGUCCCAGGAAUCAGAUCUAAAGUCCCAAGAAGACGACAUCAGUAGAGCAAAAACUGAGUUGAAUCGGCUUCAGCAGGAAGAGACCCAGUUGGAGCAGAGCAUCCAGGCUGGGAAAGUACAACUGGAAACAAUAAUCAAAUCUUUAAAAUCCACUCAGGAAGAAAUUAACCAGGCAAGGAGUAAGUUAUCUCGGCUUCAAGAGACCCUUCAGGAAGCCAACCAGAGCAUUGAACAAUACAAUGAAGCUUUAAAUGGACUUCACAGUGGCAGCAUGACUAACCUGGCAGAUCUGAAUGAGGGAAACAUCCAAAAAGACCGGGCCGGGUUUGGGACUUUGGAUGAUCCAUUCAAGAACAAAGCUCUACUUUUCAGCAAUAAUGCCCAGGAGUUGCAGACGGAUCCUUUCCAAACUGAAGAUCCCUUCAAAGGAGCAGAUCCCUUCAAAGGCAGCGACCCUUUUCAGAAUGACCCUUUUGCUGAACAGCCUCCUGCAGCAGCUGAUCCAUUUGGAGGUGAUCCGUUUAAAGAAAGUGACCCAUUCCGGACAUCUGUGCCUGAGGAUUUCUUUAAAAAGGCUGAAAAAAGUGAUCCAUUCACUUCAGACCCAUUCUUGCAAAAUUCCACACUGCCCUCUAAACCAAAAGUCUUUGAGAACAGUGACCCUUUCCUAACUCUGAGCAUGUCUUCUUCAAAAGGGCCAGAUCCUUUUGGGACAUUAGACGCCUUUGGUAGCAGCACCUUCAAUGCCCACAGUAGUGAAGGAUUUGCAGAUUUCAGUCAAAUGUCAAAGCCUCCAGCUUCUGAUCCAUUCUCCUCUUUUGGAGGAGCUGGAUUCUCUGACGAUCCUUUUAAGACUAAAGCAGACACUCCUGCCCUCCCGCCGAAGAAAAAUAUGCCUCCCAGGCCUGAGCCACCCAGUGGUAAAAGUCCUCCUGUAAGCCAAGUCGGGUCUUCCGAUUUUGCCAAGCCCCCCGAUCCAUUUCAGCCAUUCGGGGCUGACAGCAGUGACCCGUUUCAGAGUAAAAAGGGGUUUGGGGACCUAUUUAGUGGAAGAGUCCUGUUUGCUCCUUCCUCUUCAAGUAAACCUUCUAAAGACUCUUCCCGGGGGUUUGCUGACUUCAGCUCUCUUGGCAAUGAGGAGCAGCAGUUGGCGUGGGCCAAGCGGGAGAGUGAGAAGGCAGAGCAGGAAAGGCUGGCGCGAUGGCGAAGACAAGAGCAGGAAGACCUGGAAUUGGCCAUUGCACUCAGUAAGGCCGACAUGCCAACUUCUUAAAAGCAAGGGUGGCCAUCAAGCAGACCUAUUUCCCGGUACCUGUUCUAGAUCCCUGAUGUCCUUGGGCCAUUUUCCUUUUUUUUUUUUUUUUGUUUCCCGUUUUUUUCUCAUGACUUCCAGCUACCCGUGGGGCUGACUGUUGAGGAGCAAACUGCUAUUGAUGGGCUUGGCUUCACGGCGGUCUUUUCGUUUUGUUUUGUUUUUAAAUUAAGUUAGACGUUCUAGGCUGAAAACGUUGCUUGUAAGAGAACUUGCAGCAGCCCCUUCCCACUGACUGCCAGAUUUUGCUGCGCUGCAGAAAACAGUAGCAUUAACGGAGCUGCCUCUCGAAACUUCAUUUUUUGUGGAGUGUCAGCGCAGUCACGGAAGCUGCCACUCGCCUCUGGGAGAGAAGUGUGAUCUUCAUAAAGAGAUUGAUUGUUUUUAUUCUGUAGUUAAGUCUCUUUUGAUUUUUCUUCUGUUGGUCAGUGGCCUGAAAUACAACUCGUCAUCAGAGUUCCUUUCUUGUGCAUUUUGUGCUUUGUCUUAAGAAAACAACUCCCUCUCCCUAGAUAUUUAUAAAUUAAGAGGGUAGACGUUCAUCAAACCAUAGGCUGGAAGCUCGGCUGAUAGGAUGCUUCUCCGUGAAAAAGCCUACCCUGUUUAUAGAAAGCCAACUUGUCAGAGAGAGAGAAGAAGGUUCCAGCUGAGUUCUCUCCCGAGAUGCUAGUAAGGGGAGAAGGCCAAAAUUAAGCGACUCCUUAUGCCUUUGAUUAAAUCGGUUGCGUAGAGUCCGUUACCUUCUGAGCCCAGAUCUCUCUACAACCAAAAGUGCGCUUUGUUGAACAAGAAGUUUCGCUUCUAACCAUAAACGCUUUGUUGUACAAACGAGAGCAUCUUUUAACCAACACCAAAUCAUACUGAAACCAGGGGAAACUGUUGCGGCUAAGGGCAGGGCCGUUGUGUGUAUGUUACCUGGAAAACAGAUGAAAAUAUAAUAAUAAUAAUAAUGAUUUGGUAUCU